CUGACUUACAGCCCUUCCCCUCCAACACAACACGUCGCCGCCGGAAAAAAACUAUACUCCCGGGGGAUCUGGGUCACCUACGAGUACGGUGGGGUGUCCUCUGGGUAAUCCACGUCAGAGACCAAUCGCGGUGCGGUGCUGGAGCACCCAGGUGGAUGGGUAGGAUACACAUUCGAACCAGACACGACUUUUUCACUCCAUUCACGUAUCCCCGGUAUGAUACCUCGGAUCACCAAUCCUGCAGGUCUUCCGAUAAGGUAUCCGGACGGGCUCCAUGAAGUGCAUUUAUAUCAUACUCUUCAAGCAACUCUUGUAGGGAAUGGUUGUGGGGUUUGUAUGUGUGCGAUUAAAGUAUGCACCCCCAGAAUGGGGAUAGGGUUGAGAUUAGGGAUCGGGCGGAGGGGGUCUCUCAGGUGUCGGGUUUGGAAUUUUGAGGGGCAUUGCUUGGGUUGAUUGUGGAGGAGGAUGGUAAAUUUAGGUGAGUUUAGGUUUUACCGCUUGAUGACAGACUUGAAUACCCUGCUCUAAGUUAGGGAGGUCUUUACUGGAGUCGGUUAGGGCUUCCUGGGUGUUUGUAUCAUACUCGGGUACGAUAUGAUGCCCCAGUUACAGCAUACAAUAUUAUGAUAAUAAUUAUUAUCAUCAAUUUAAACACAAAAUGUCCGACCGCCCAUACCAAGAUUCUCGGGAUCAAGGGUCUUCGCCUUCACCCGCUGCAUGAGGAAGAAAGUAAUAGUUAGGAAAUUCGCAACGGGCCGAAUCCAACGUCCUACCCACCACCCAUGCCCAGGGAUCCCCGUGAUCCGUCGCAACCACUACCGAAAAGGUCGAUUCCAACCCAACAUGGCCGUGAGGUAGACGAUAAGCUUCCAACCCUAGCUAGGCGCCAUAGCUGCAGCUAGGUAGAAAUUUUGGAGGUGUGCCAUGGUCCCCAUCCCGCCUGAGAAAAAGAAGGUGCUGCUCGAGACUGCGCUUGAAAAAUCUUCUUCCUCUCUCGCCACAGACGCCCUUCUAGCAACGGCCCAUAUACAUUGUCAUUUUGACUACGGGACUAUGGCAAAACAUAAGGGUGAUGGGCACUUGCACCCCACUCAGCCGCACACUCAGACACAGACGCGGAUGCGGACACAAAUGGGCAGGGGUUCAUCUGAGAGAUCUUCAUCGUCCAGCGACUUGGAGGAUGAGAGGAGAUUACUGGCAGAUAUAAAUAUUCCCGAAGGCCCUCCUCCGCCUCUACCAGCGACUUCUCGAAUACCUGAGGGAAAACCAGUGACAUGGCUUUCCCUGCCUCGAAAAUCACAACUGAUCGUUCUGGCCCUCUGCCGCCUCUCCGAACCACUCACGCAGACCUCUGUGGCAUCCUAUCUAUACUACUACUUAUCCUCUUUCCACCCGCCAGAUAAGCCGCCCCCCAGUGCAGAGACAAUAUCCCGUCAGGCCGGAAUAAUAGCCUCCUCUUUUGCCCUCGCACAGUGCCUCACCGGCGUGUUGUGGGGUCACUUAUCAGACAGGAUAGGCCGAAAGCCCUGCGUCCUCUUCGGUCUCGCGGGGACCGCAAUAUCGAUAAUUGGAUUCGGCUUUUCGGAAAAUCUGGCUAUGGCGCUAACCUUCCGCAUCCUGGGUGGUUUCCUGAACGGAAACGUGGGUGUGCUGCGGACCAUGGUCGCGGAAGUUGUCGUCGAGAAAAAGUACCAUAGUAGGACCUUCUUGAUCCUGCCCAUGUGCUUUAAUGUUGGGAUCAUUGUUGGCCCGGCUAUAGGUGGAAUGCUGGCUGAUCCCGCAAGCACCUAUCCCGGGCUGUUCGGCGGAGUAAAGUGGAUGCAUCGGUGGCGGUAUGCCCUGCCGAAUCUUGCCAGCGCGGCGUUUUUGUGCAUGAGUAUGUUAUUGGGAUUCCUUUUCCUGGAAGAGUCGCUCGAGUCGAAAAGGUAUAGGAACAGGACGGAUAUUGGGUUGAGGGUUGGACGGGGGAUUACUUCUUUUGCGAACCGUUUGUACAACACGGGCACUCUCGGUGGUAAUUCCCCGAAAACAGAUGAACUCGGGGAAUACCAAAUCGUGACGGAUCUUGACGUUGAUGACGAUGAUGCCACCGUAGUGGGUUCGACAACGCCUUCAUCUUCUUCCUCCGCUUCUAUUCGAUUCAUGCCUGUCAAGCCGAAGAAACCCCCCACACGCCAAACUCUCCGGAAAACCCUCACAAAGAACAUCACCUUCACGUUAAUCGCCUUUACAAUCCUCCCCCUGCAUAAUGCAACAUUCAUGCACCUCUGGGGGAUAUUCCUCUCAACACCUCGCUCCCUCACACCUCACCCUUCAUCCCCGUUCGCAUUCACAGGGGGGCUGAGCCUUCCAGCAACCCAAGUCGGCAUCGCAAUGUCCUACCUCGGCGUCAUAGGAAUCCUAAUGCAACUACUCCUCUACCCCCCGCUCCAGGAGAAACUGGGGCUAUUACACAGCUUCCGCAUCUCCUGCAUGAUUUUCCCAAUAGCGUACUUCCUCACGCCAUUCCUUGCCCGCGUGCCGUCUACGUCCCCACCCGAACGAGCGGCGAGCGGAUGGUUGGUGUGGGCUUCCGUCGUCGGUGUUCUGCUAUUGCAAGUCACCGCGCGCACGUUCGCGCUUCCCGGUAGCGUGAUACUACUGACUAACUCCGUUGAGAAAAGGAGUAAUCUGGGAACGGUAAAUGGGGUCGGGAGUUCCCUGGCUAGCGGAUCUCGCGCUUUGGGCCCGGUCGUGGGCGGGGUGUUGUACGCCGCUGGAUUGGAGGGUGGGGUCGUAGGGUGUGUAUUUUGGGUCAUGGCAGGGAUUGCCACUCUCGGGGCUUGGUGGGCUUGGUUUUUGAAGGAGGGGAGGGGGUUGGUUAACGAUGGGGCCGAGGACGAAGGGGAGGAGGGACGGGUGGCUUGAGUGUGAGAGGUUGUUUCUUUCGAUUAGGGAAGUGAUAAACGGUAUUAAGUCAUAGGAUAGGCGUUUUGCUUUACCGUAUUAACCUCGAAUAAGGGAAAUGUCUAAAGACGUCUCGGUUUCCCCUUUAGGUAACGCGUUGUUUUGCUUUGCUGGUAUUUUCUCCCGUCCCGGUUAGGGUAGGAAACUGAGACAUCCUGGGACAUAUUUCACUUGUCCAAGUUAGUACUGGGGGUAGUUUGAGUUAUGGGCAUCAGUAUACCGUAAAAUAUAGAUUAAGUUACAAGUUGAAUGGUUCUUUUUAUUGCUCCUCUACGGCUAUUCAGCAGUGAUACCUUGCUCUGCUGGAAUCAUCUCUGUAUCAUAGGUACAAGUAUAAUUGCAUUAAAUUAAACUUUAUAUUAGAGAUUAUU